GAAUGCGCUCGUGCCAUUCGACGACGGCCUGGUUCACGUCUACAGAUUUAUUGCUGGUCUGGUAUUCAGCGCCAUCAGCCUUGACCACCGCAUGGAAACCAGCGGGGAUCCGUCGGAGACCAAGGGUAAGAUCAGUUGCGCGAAUGCCAGUAAUGAUGACUUGUUGCACUCCACCGAGGCGUAUCUCUCCCGGUUCGUGGGUAUGUUCUGGGUAGUUUAGCUCCUCAUCCUUGUUUUGCGAUCGUGGACGCUCUGAACUCUUCGUCUUGUUGUCAUCAUCAUUGCCCAAUGACUUGCGCUUGCGUUUUCUCCCUUUCAAGGGCUCGGUACUGGAAUUCUCUACUAGAGGAGUUGGGGAAGUCAUCUGUGAUGACGCUGA